UGCCGCUGCCGAUGGCGGUGCCGGGGCGGUUCCUUGGCCCCCCCCCGCUCCCUCCCCCGGCGAUGGCGGCAUCGGGGGAGCCGUACGAGGCGGUUCUGUGCGUCAAGCCGGCCGUGCACGUCUACCGCCUGCCCCCGCGGGCCUCCAACCGCGGCUACAGGGCCGCCGAGUGGCAGCUGGAGCGCCCGGCAUGGAGCGGCCGCCUGCGCCUCACCGCCCGCGGCAGCACCGCCUUCAUCCGCCUGGAGGACAGGGCCUCGGGAGAGCUUUUUGCCCAGGCACCCGUGGAGCAGUUCCCCAGCAUCGCUGUGGAGAGCGUGAUGGACUCCAGCCGCUAUUUCGUCAUCCGCAUCGAGGACGAGAACGGCCGCCGAGCUUUUAUUGGAGUCGGAUUUGUCGACCGAGGGGAUGCUUUUGACUUCAACGUAGCUCUGCAGGACCAUUUCAAGUGGGUGAAGCAGCAGAGCGAGCUGGCCAAGCAGGCCGAGAACCCUGACCAGGGACCCAAACUGGACCUGAGCUUCAAGGAGGGGCAGACCAUCAAACUGAACAUUGCGAAUAUGAAGAAAAAGGAAGGAGCAACGGGGAACACCAGGCCACGUCCCGCAGGUCCUGGGGGCCUGAGCUUGCUCCCGCCACCUCCUGGAGGAAAAUCAUCUUCCUCUGCAGCUUUUCCUUCUGGAGAGCAGCCGUCGUCCUCGCUCUCUGCGCCUGUCCAGCUUCCAGGCACGCCCAUCACAGACUCCCUCCUGUCCUGGCCGCAGCCCGCUGCUGCUCCCGCUGCCCCUGCCACCGACGCCUGGGGCGACUUCACCAAAGCUUCAGGGUCAGCGUCUAACCAGACACAGGCGAAUGCCGGCUGGGUGCAGUUCUGAGCCAGCCCCCUCGUCCGCUCUGCCCCGCGCGGGUGCUGGGGGAGGAUCACGCGGAUUCCACGGGACCAAAGCAGGGGAGGGAGGUGCUCCCUUCCCCUCAGAGCUAGCACGCUGCUUCAGGACACCCCGCACCUCGUUUCUGGUGGCAUUGUACUCCCCUAGUCUUCCCCAGGCAAGAAGUGAGACCCCCAAGCCCGGCGCUGGGGUUAAAAUGCAGAAGUAGGAGCUGGAGAGCAAACGAGCACGUGCCUUAAAACACUCCGUGCCAGCGCCCUCAAACGUGGGGGCUCUUUUAUUUUCUGCCUGGCUCGCAGCGAACCUGUGAGGCUUCAGUGAUCUUUUCUGUGCCUUCCUUCCCCUCUUACUGCACUAACACGGCUGCAGGAAGCCAGCAGCUUCAUCGCCCUGCGUCUCCUUAACGGCCUGAGGGCGGGAGGGUGCUCAGAGCUCUGCUGGAGGGCUCUGAUUUGUUUGCAGUGCCUUUGCUGGCCGAUUUGGGCAAUUUUUUACUAGAAGCCUAUGCAAUAGAGGCGGGUUGUGGUGUGCAGCAUAGGGCUGCCUCCGUCACAGCCCCCUCGGAGACUUCCCCGCUUUCUCCUCGUGUAUUUGUGAAAUCUUUCCUCUCUGGCAAGCAGCAGGGCACAUCCUCCUGGAGGCUUCCUGCGUGCAGAGUCCUGCUUUAUCUCCCGCUCCCGGAGGUGCCUUUGCAUUGUGCCAAGCGUCCUGCUCUGAGCGUCCUGCGGGGUGCUGAGCAUCACCUGAUGGUUUCUGAGCACUUCCCUGGAGGGGGAGAGCAGGGCUGCUGCCUGGAGAGAAAGGCGAGCGCAAUGCUGAAAUUCUUUCUUGCUCCAAUCAGGGUUUUUCCCCUCUGUUUUGAAGAUAUAUUUUUACUUUUUGCAGGCAUUUUAUUAAUCAAAUAUAUAUGCAAUGAAGGACAGACUUGGUUUCUUUAACAGAGCUGGGCUUGAGAUUCCUCUUUAAAAAAUAAAUAUUUUCUUACCUAUUUAUAUUAAGGUGAAGGCCUUCCACAGCACGAAGUUCUAUUUUUUCAGUGUUUCAGACUUUUUAUUAUUUCCAUUUUCAACUGGAGGGUAAGCAUUUGCAUUUCAGAGCUUAACUUUGCCUGGCGGCACGCGGGACCAGGUGAGAGAUGUGACACUUCGAAGCAAACAAUAAAAUCAUCUGGAUGCCAAA